GGCCAUGGCAGCGUCGUGCAAUUUCACUCUCGCCUUGUGUCCUCCUCCAUUUCCUCGUCCUCCACGACUCACGCCAUGAACAGCAAGCAGCACCUGCACCAUGGUCGCCAUGGCAGGACUGCCUACCAUUUCCAGCCUGCCAAGAACUGGAUGAACGAUCCAAACGGGCCUUUGUACCACAACGGCAUGUACCACUUCUUCUACCAGUACAACCCGCAUGACCCGUUGUUUGGCGCCGGCAAGCUCUCCUGGGGCCACUCCGCCUCCGGCGACCUCGUCAACUGGGCCUUCCUCGGCACGGCGCUCGAUCCGACGUCGACCUUCGACGUCCGGGGCUGCUGGUCGGGGUCGACCACCGCGAUGCCCGACGGCCGCCUCGCCAUCCUCUACACCGGACGCGACGCCGACGAGGUGCAGGUGCAGAACGUGGCCUUCGCCAGGAACCCAUCGGACCUGCUCCUCCUCGAGUGGGACAAGCCCAGCUUCAACCCGAUCAUCCCGCAGCCGGCGGACGUGACGGGCAACAACUUCCGCGACCCUACCACGGCGUGGCUCGGCCGCGACGGGCUGUGGAGGUUCGCCAUCGCCGCCGAGGUCGACGGCGUCGGCUCCACCGUAAUCUACCGGAGCGCGGACUUCGUCAGCUGGGAGCGGAACGCCCUGCCGCUGCACGCCUCGCCGGGCAUCCCCUGCUGGGAGUGCCCCGACUUCUUUCCCGUGGCGGAGCAGGGCACGGAAGGGCUGGACACGUCGGCGAACGGCGCCGGCGUGAGGCACGUGCUCAAGCUCAGCAAGGCCGCCGACGAGGACUACUACGUGGUCGGGCGGUACGACGACGAGGCCGACACGUUCGUGCCGGUGGAGGACGGCGAGCAGGCCGACGUCCGGAACUGGCGCCGGAUCGACCACGGCCACCUGUUCGCGGCCAAGUCGUUCUUCGACGCGCGCAGGAAACGGCGCGUGCUCUGGGCGUGGGUCGACGAGAUGGACAGCCGCUCCGACGACGUCGCCAAGGGCUGGACCGGCAUUCAGUCGUUUCCGAGAGCCCUGUGGCUGGACACCGACGGGAAGCAGCUGGUGCAGUGGCCGGUGGAGGAGAUCGAGACGCUGCGGAGGAAACAAGUCACUCUGCUGGGCGCGGUGGUGGGCUCCGGCGGGCUGCACGAGAUCGCCGGCAUCGAGACCCUGCAGGCGGACGUGGAGGUGGUGUUCGAGAUCCCGAACCUCAAGGAGGCCGAGCAGCUCGACCCCAAGUGGCUGCAAGAUCCCCAGAAGUUGUGCGCAGAGAAGGGCGCCGCUGUGCAGGGCGCCGUCGGGCCGUUCGGGCUGACCGUGAUGGCGUCCGGCGACAUGCGGGAGCAGACCACCAUCUUCUUCAGGGUGUUCAAGCACGACGACGCGUACAAGGUUCUCAUGUGCACUGACCUGACAAGGUCAUCGACCAAAGAGGGAGUGCAGAAACCGAUUUAUGCAGGAUUUGUGGACAUGGAUGUGGAGAAAGACAAGAGCGUAUCGCUGAGAACACUGUGAAUCUUAGUUAUGUAUACACCUGAGGAUCAACAGAGCUAAGAACGAUUACUCGACGACAUCCAGAUUGAUCACUCUGUCAUUGAGAGCUUCGGCGGUGGGGGCCGGACUUGCAUCACGGCUCGAGUGUACCCCGAGCACGUCGCUACAGGCAGAAACCACUUGUAUGUGUUCAACAAUGGGUUGGAUGCGGUGAAGGUGUCCAAGCUCGAGGCCUGGGAGCUUGCCACGGCAAGCGUCAAUGUUGAAGAUGACGGCCUGCUUGCACUGCUGCCGCCGAUGGUUGUUCCAAUCCUAUCGGAUGACGCUGAAUAGGCGCAACGAUCAUCACUUGCAGUGAAGCAUGAUGCCAAUUAAAGCUGUAGUUUGUUCCAAUGUGGUUGUGCUGCAGAUGGAUUGUCCUUGGUUAUUAUGACCUAAUAAGACCAUUAUUUGUGGUCUCAUGCUGAAAGAUGUAGCUUUGGUUAAGUAAAUCGUCUGGAGUUAUCAUACACGAAACAAAACAUUUGUUGCAAAA